AGUUUGACGCCAUGGACAUUGAAGUCAUUUCCAAAGAGAGCAUCAAACCAUCUUCCCCAACACCACCCCACUUGAAAUCAUUCAAGCUCUGUGUUUUAGAUCAGCUUGUUGUUAAUCCUUAUGUACCAAUCAUCCUGUACUACCCUAACAGCAAUGGCGACAGCAUUCUCCAAGCUCAACAAAAGUCAUUAGCUCUCAAGCAGUCUCUAUCCAAAACCUUGACUCAGUUUUAUCCACUUGCAGGAACUGUAAAGGAUGAUCUUUCCAUUGAUUGUAACGAUGUUGGUGCUUAUUAUGCCAUAGCUUUGGUGCAUCUUCGCCUCGACGAGUUCCUGAAGCAGCCUGACCACAGUUUGAUCAACAGGUUUUUGCCGUUUCAACCGAGUUUAGAGGGGUCUGGUGCAGGUGCUCGUGUCACAAAUGUUCAAGUGAACGUUUUCGAAUGUGGUGGGAUUGCUAUCGGCUUGUGUGUUUCGCACAAGAUCGUCGAUGCGGCUGCAACCUACACUUUCCUAAAAGGAUGGACCAACAUGGCUCGUGGAGCUAAAGAAGUUCUGUAUCCCAACUUAAACGCACCUUCUCUCUUCCCAGCAAAAGACUUGUGGCUCAGAGAAUCAUUAAUGGCCAUGUCUUCGCCGUGGUUAAAGGAACGCGUGUCGUGUACCACGAAAAGAUUCGUAUUCGAUGCCGAUGCCAUAUCCACACUAAAGGCUGAAGCAACUAGAAAUGGAGCCCAAAACCCUACACGGGUUGAGGUGGUAUCUGCUCUGAUAUGGAAGUGUGCAAUGGCAGCCUCCAAAACAACCUGUGGCUUCCAGAAGCCUUCGCGCUUUACGCUCCCUGUAAACCUUCGUAGGAAACUCGCAUCGACGUUAUCGAAAGAUUCCAUCUGUAACGUGCUUUGGGUCACAACUGCAGACUGCCCAGCUGACUCCGAAACUACAUUUGAUGGUUUGGUGAAGAAGGUGCGCAAAUGUAUUUCGAAGAUUGAUAUCGAGUUUGCGAACAAAGCGCAAGGCGAUAAAGGGUAUGCUGCAAUGGUGGAAUCCAUCAAAGAAAUGGGAGAGAUUAGCUCCGAAGGGACCAUGGACAACUACCUGUUUGCAAGCUGGUGCAAGAUGGGGUUCUACGAUGUUGAUUUUGGUUGGGGAGAACCGAGUUGGGUGAGUGGUAUUGUCGGCCAUGGCUACCCAGUGGUCAUGAAUAUCAUCAAUCUGAUAGACACAAAGUGUGGGGAAGGAAUAGAAGCAUGGGUGAAUUUGGAUGAAGAAGAGAUGAAGAUUCUACAAGGCAAUUCAGAGCUAUUGGCGUUUGCUUCCUUAGAUCCAAGUCCUCUGCAGUGAAGUUGCCACAGUCCAUGAUUAAGGGGAGUG